GAAAGAGGAAUUGUUUGGUGUGACUUAUUUGAUUCUGGAGAAAUUUUACCCAGGUGAAGUUGACAUGGUAGUCUUGGUAGCACGCAGCACCGCAGUGAAGUUACUAACCUGCUAACAAAACCAUUCCAAGGUGGUUCAUUUCAAGACUUUUUUACUUUAAUUGUUCACUUUGACUUGGACUAACAAAAACCUGUAAAGUAAUUAUUAUUGCCUAACAUUUCUCUUUCCACACUGGGAAAAUCCUUAAUUUAAUCUUCCACCUCUUGAGGAUUUCACAGCAAAUAAGAACAAAAGGGGGAGGUCCUGAAGCUGGAAUUUCGAGUUUUGCACAAUGUCACAAAGAAUAAAAGGCAAGAGAAUUCUCAACACUCAAAAACACGGGAAAGCAGAAAUGGAGAAGAUUGUCCUGGUUCUGGUGUUGGGCUGCUGCUUCUGUGUUGCUGAAAACAAUGACAAAGGUGGUCAAAACUCUGGAUCAACAAGCUCAGGCGACAUAUGUUGCUUCACAACCAUUGCACAAACUGUCGGCUCGCUGGGGGAGAAAGUCGCAAACAUGGCAGACAAGAUAACACUUUUGGAGACCAGGCUCCAAAACACUGACAGAGAAGUGCUGGAGCUCCGGAGCCUCAUUGGAGGUACUCCACGGGUGGCUUUUUCUGCUGCUCUCAGAGAUUCUGGCUCUGGGAACAUUGGACCUUUUACCACUUCUACUCCACUGAAGUAUAAAAAGAUUUUCUCCAACUAUGGUGAUUGCUACAACCCUUCCACAGGAGUCUUCACUGCAACGGUCAACGGGGUGUACUUCUUCAGAUUCUCCAUGUUUAAUAACCUCAGUCCCACUCCCAGCUCUGUUGUUAGUCUUAAAAAGAAUGAUCAGCUGUUGACGUCUGUCUGGGACACCAGCGGAACUGACGGCAAUGACAUGGGAAGCAACGCUGUAGUCAUCCAACUGAAGACUCUUUGUAGAGGUGAGGUCUCCAGAAUCAAAAGCAGCGAUCCAGGGAUGAGCGAGGGCUUCUUCACAGGACAUCCGUCGCCUGUAAAUAGACAAUUGUGAGCGGCUGAUUCAGGUCAACGUCUGGAGGAAGUUUUGUGCUUGAAUUCUCACCUGGGGACUUUGACAAGCAG